CCACAGCCACCACACCGCAUUUCCGAACACGUUGCACACGCCGGCGACAGGGCCGUCUUUGUUGAGCGACCCGGCCAGAACAUCCGUUUGCGACGGUACAAGCGGCCUCUCGGACGCUCUGCAGGUCAGGGCGCAACGGCUUGACUCGACAAGGGAGGCGCUGACUUUGUCCAUAGAAGCAUCGUGGAACCACCCUCUCCGCCCUCACACCCGCCCGCGCCACUGCUCCGUCCCGCACCAUGGCCGCCCUCGCCCACAAGCCCAUCUCCAACAUCGCCGCCGCCUUUGCCGCCCAGUCCGGCCUGCACCAUGGCCUCGACGCACCCGAGACGGGCUCGCUCCUCACGCCGCCCUCGUCCAUCUCGCCCACGCUGCGCCCGGCCUACAAGCGCAGAGGCGUCUCGACGCCGGGGCGCGUGCACACGCCCGACACAAUGGAAAUCGAUCUGCAAGACGCCGUCGAGCACGCGGCCGCCCAGGACCAGCCGUCGGCCCUCGCCCUGUCCAAGGAGGCCCUGGCCGGCCUGGAUGCCACCCGCCAGAUCACGGCCCUGCUGCUGGCCAAACACUACCUGCCCGACAUCAUCGUGGGCCACGGCGCCAUGCCCAUCCGCGAGAUGAUGGCCCAUCUCACACACUCGGUCCCGGGCUUCUCCGGCCUCCCGCCCGCCAAAGCAAGGAGGCUGGUUGUUGCCGCGCUGGAACACCGUGCGGGGGGAGGAGUGCACGGCCAGGUCAAGUUCGAGAAAGUGGGCUGGGGGCGUUGGAGCGUUGCACCGUCUUCGCAGAACCGCGGCGUGCCAAUCGGCGGCUCGCGUGCUGGACGCAGGAACACACCGCCCGCCAGCAUGGACAGUCCAGCCUGCCGAGGCCUUCAGAUCCCCAGACUGCGCCACGAGGCUUCACGCGACGUCUACUCGGGUAGCUGGGCAGCCGGCUCCUGGUCGCCGCCCCACAAUCAACACUCUGAAGACGACGAAAUGGCCGAUCAGAUGUCGCUGGACGAUUCCGACUCGGCCUCGGACAUGGACCUCGAAGCCGAUCUCGACUUGAAUGACGACACGGACCAAGAAGACUGGUCGACCAUGGGCCCACAGCCCCGCAGCGGCCCGAGACGCGAGUACCGUGACUACAACUACUUGAGUCGCACCCAGACAAGUGACUUCCGACAGAGGAGUGUGUCUGCACAGGCCCAGAGUGUGCCGACACCCCAUGCACGUCUUGACACGCCCGUCUUCAAAUCAACCUUGGCGGCGCCUCCUGCCGUUGCCGGGCCCGGGUCUGGAGCGGAACGAGAGGCCAUCGAGGCCCUCAUCGCCAUGGGCUCUAUGUGAGCGGCGGCGUCUUUCUUGCAUCAAUGCGUCGAGAGUCGAGGAAAACGACGCACGGCACAGUUUUAUUUUUACACGAGGUAUUCAACAUAGCAUCGGGCGGUACGGGGGAGAAAAGGGAUACGAAUUGGCGCUUUUUUUGGGGCAGAAUAUAGCUUAGCAUGUGCAUCUCCACUCCUUGGGCUGGAGUUGGAUCGAUCCGUCAAGUGCUGAUGUGGAUCUGGGAAUUGCAACUAGAAUUGGGACUUGUUGUUGUUUGUUUUUGUUGCUCUCAUGCCCGCCCUUUUGUUUCUGGAUAUCCUAUAUACCCUUUUUCAAGACUUUUGCGUUGCUGAUAGCGCCACAUCGCCCGUUUCAGAGGAGGCUUGAUGAUGGGGGCGGUGUGGUGGGUGGUGGGUUGGAAUAUACGUUAAUGUGUAGAUGAAUGGUGAGAUGGGUUAAGGAUAUUCAUCAUGGUGGAAUACAUCUAUUACUUCA